AUGGCAGGAAAUGUGAAACAAACAGUCAACGCGCUCUAUCUCGUGUCCCGGCGCCGGCUCCUCACGGAGCACAGCCUUCCCCCUCGGGGCUUACCUGUCGAUGAUGGUUCAGAGGUCAAUCCGCUGCAGGACUUUCUCCAGUGGUGCAAGAGCGUCGGCUUGGUGCUCAGCAGUAAGGUGUGUGUGAGUAAAGAGGGAACAGUGGCCGAGUACGGGAUGCUGGCUCUAGACGACAUGGAGGAGGGAGAGGUUGUAUUCACCAUCCCCAGAUCAGCUCUCCUCCACCAGGAAACAACCACGGUGUCUGUCGUGCUGGAGAAAGAGAGGUCUUCUCUGGAGAGCUCGUCUGGCUGGGUCCCCCUGCUGCUGGCUCUGCUGUAUGAGUAUACGUCUUCACAGUCCCAUUGGAAACCCUACCUCUCUCUGUGGACCGACUUCAAGGCUCUGGACCACCCCAUGUUUUGGUCGAAAGAGGAGAGAGACAAACUACUGAGGGGAACAGACAUCCCAGAGGCCGUGGACACAGACCUGGCUAACAUCCAGAGGGACGACACAGACCUGGUCCUUCCCUUCAUCGCCAAGCACCCGGACCUGUGGAACCCCGACACGCACACACUGGAGCUGUACACGAAGCUGGUGGCCUUCGUCAUGGCCUACAGUUUCCACGAGCCAGAGGAAGAGGAGGAUAGCGAAGACGAUGAGGAGGAGAAGGAGUAUAAGGAGGAGGACCAAGAGGAGAAAGUCCCAAACCCACCGAUGAUGGUUCCCAUGGCCGACAUGCUGAACCACGUGUCCAAUCACAAUGCAAUCCUGGAGUUUACACCGGACAGUUUGAAGAUGGUUUGCUUGCGCCCGAUUCUCAAAGGAGAGGAGGUGUUUAACACCUACGGGCAGAUGGCCAACUGGCAGCUGCUGCACAUGUACGGCUUCACAGAGCCUUACCGGAGCAACGGCAAUGACACCGCUGACGUCCCCGUCGCCAACCUCUACAAGGUCGCCAUGCAAGCUGUUCAGUCUGAUUCGGAGCGGCAGUUGAUGGAGGAGCAGUGUCAGAUUAUGCGAGAGAAUGGAUCCUUCAUCUUUGGCAAACAGGGCUGCCUCACAGACACAGAGCUACAAACCGCGCUCAAGAUGAUGUGCAUGUCAGAGGAGUUCUCAGAGUUCAAGGAUAACGAAGGGUGGGAGGAAGAUGAGGAGGAUGAGAAUCCCCUCCCUUUCUCCAACGAGGACCUCCCCGGGUUGAAGGCUUCGUGGAAACGCCUCAUUCAUGAAGCAGCCCGUCUGACCGUGAGGUCCUACGGAGACGUGGAGGGGGGACAGGGUGUGAAGAGCGACCAGGCGCUGAUGGAGGACUGGGAAUGA